GAAGUAUUUUUAUUGUUAUAGGAGGCGAAUCGAAACAACACAAUGAGGAGUUUAAUCCUCGUCGUCGCGAUAUCAGCGCUGGCGUGGGCCAGGCCUGAAACAUACAAGGAAACCGAAGAGUUUCAGUACGCCAGGAGCUCUUCGGACGAAGGAAGUAAAUCCGGCUAUUAUGGUGCUCAAAGAGGUAACGUGGCAGGGAACUACGAAAAAGCACACAACAUGGAUAAUCUAGCCCAGCAUCAAAUGAGUGGAGCCAUAAACCAAGUACAAGGAGAACUAGGUGAUGCUUCGAAAACCAGAGCUGGCAACGUUUACACGGCUGCUAACACGGCAGGAGUCUAUGGAUCCGGCUAUCACGAUCUGAGCAACCUUCAGGGAAGGAAUUUUGGGCAAAGCUCAUCUUCUGACAGCACUCAUUCUUCUUUGUCGUCAGCUUAUAACCAACAUGCCAGAAGCCAGUCUCAGCAAAGUGGGUAUGGUGCAUCAAGCCAGUUAGGACAAGCGUCAUUGCAUUCGGGAAGCUUGCAUGCCGCGGAUAGUGCUGGCUAUGGAUCUGACAUCGGAAGCAGCAGUCAUAGCUCAGGUUAUCAUGCAGCGUCUGGAUACCAAUCUCGUUCAGGAUAUAAUUCCCAAAAUUAUGACCAAAGUAACUUACAGUCCGGAAAUUUACAGGGCUAUGGAACCGGGGACCAAACUCGCCGUUAUACUGUAGUAGCACCAGUACGAAUCAUAGCCAGGCCCGGAACUCAAAUAGCGAUACCGGUUUACGGAGAGGCUGGUUAUGAUGCCUACAGAGCUUCCUCUUCCAUAGGCCAAAGUUCUAGCAAUAGGUAUGCAUCGCAAACAGCUGCUGCUUCAUUCGAUCAAAAUGCUAUUAAUAGUGAAGCUGAAGUUUUGAACAACAACGAGCAACAUAUCGGCUCUGUUCCAGCACCUAAUGGGAAGCAUUACUCUUCAUCGUACAACUAUCACAAAGGUUGGGAAAGGCAUAGUGAAACCACCGAUUUACCAGUAACAGUCGCGCCUGUAGUUAAUCCAUUGUCUGUAAAUAGUGAAUUAUAUGAAGACGCUCAAGGCGCCAGUGCCAAUUCUUACAAUUCUGCCAAUAGACUUAACAGCUACGCAGGAUCAAGUCAAGCCAGUCACCAAGCGGAUUAUAGAUCCCAGCACAAUUCUCAAGCCAGUUCUUUAUCCAACGUUAACUCAAAUGCUUACACGCAAGGAGAAUAUGGCAGUCACUCUGGACUCGCGCCUCUUGUAGAUUCCCAGCCUAAAAGUUACCAAUCCUCUUAUUCCUAUCACAAGUCAUGGGAAAAACAGGGUGAUCCCUACGUAAUCUACCCAGGAACAACUGGAGAAGCAUCACAGAGAAUUGUUUCCGGUACUAAAAACGCUGCUUCGUCGCAACGUUAUGGUUCCAAUCAGCAUUAUUCCCAUGGAAGUGCUGUAGACUGCGAUAGUCUGUGCAGAUAUCGUCGGUCUACACGCUCUGCCGAUUACUAUCAGCAGGAUCUCGGACAACAGGCUCAAACAGCUUGGGAUCAAAGCCUUUCUCAACAGACUCAACAGUCAGCAAACCUUGAAGACCUGGGGCAACAGACGCAAAAUCUCGAAGAUUUCGGUCAACACAGCCAGUCAGCAAACCUUGAAGACCUGGGACAACAGACGCAAAAUCUCGAAGAUUUUGGUCAACACAGCCAGUCAGCAAACCUUGAGGACCUGGGGCAACAUACACAAAAUCUCGAAGAUUUCGGUCAACACAGCCAGACAGCACACGUUGAAGACCUAGGGCAAAAGUCACAAAACCUUGAUAACCUAGGUCAACAAACACAACAAUCUUGGGGUAACAUUCAACAGCAGAGCCAAUCUCAAAAUCUUGAAGAUUUUGGACAGCAAACACAGGGUAAGUGGCAUGCGUUAAAUCAUACAUUUGAAAGUAAUUUAGAGGACCUUGGCCAACAGACUCAACAAUCAUGGAGUAACAUUGAACAACAAGCAAGUCAAACACAGGGCCACUGGCAUGACAUGGCAACUUACAGUCAUCAAUCUGAACAAACUUUUGGAAAUUUAGAUAAUUUCGGACAACAAACACAAAGUAAGUGGGACAAUCUAGAAGGCCUAGGUCCACAAACACAAAAAACUGAAGACUUAGGACAAAAAACUCAUAAUAAUUGGGAUGAUUUAGAUCAAUCGAGACAACAAGUACAAACUCAAUGGAAUAACAUAAAUAGCAUAAAUAAAACACGGCACACAGACACAAACACAGAACAACAAACUCAAACACAUUUUGGAAGUGUUAAUGAGGUAAAACCUAACAGAGAGCAUGCAGGAAACACCCUAAACACCUCCAACAAAGAAAAUCCUGUCGCUAACAAUCCUGCCGAUCUUGAGUUUUGGGGUCUGACCAAUAAUCAAAAGCAUGAAAACAACCAUAACUACAAUCAACACAGUUAUAAUAAUCAUAAUUCUUAUUCAAAUUCACAGGAUCAUGGCGUUAGUAGGGGACAACAUGCCAAUAACAAUAACGCGCAAACAUUUCACAAUAACCCCUUGCAAAGUAUAUGGAACAAACUAGACAAUAUGGAACAGCAAUCUGAGCAUUCAAACGAAAAUCAGGAAAAUACUGAGUAUCAAAAUUCACAACACUCAUAUGGACAGGAAAAUACUUCUCAACAUGAAAGCAAUUGGGGAAGUAUCAAUAGUUCGUACCAUUGGAAUCAGCAACAAACACAAAGUUCAGGAUACCAGCCAUCUAUUAUUUUCAAUAGUACAAUCGAUAAACCAAAGAACGACCAUCUACCUAAAGAAGUUGCACCUGAAAAACCUAAAGAUGUUGACGAUGAUGAAACACCCGAAGAACCUGAACCAGUUGAAGUUGGCCGCGGAGAUAUUGGUGCUGAAGGUGACUCAAAAACUACACCAAAAACUGUUCAAAAUUAUCACACGUACACAACCCAAUUAAAGCCAGAAAAGAGCUCCGAAAAAAUCGAAGCAUUAAGCUUAUCAAGGGGCACUGAUCAAUAUACAACUGAGUCAAAUACACUUAGUGUUUUAAGCAUAAGUCAACAAAAAUGGCUUGAAGAACAACGGCAAAGGGCUACAGAAGAAUUACACGAGAUUAGUGGCUCUAAGUCAUCAACAACUACAAGUACAACUACUCCACAUUCAGUAAAACACACAACACCUCAUGGUAAUGGAGCACAACAUUUCUUCGGACAGCCCGAGGAAAUACAGGAGCAUGAUAAAUCUGACAACAUACAGAAAAAUUAUGAUGAUUUACAACAACAAAAUACAAUGCAGCAAAACCAAGAUUUUCAUCAACAAAAUCAACAACACCAUGUACAACAGUCCCAGAGUAUUGGUCAUCACAAUCAAAACAUUGACCAGCACACGCAAAACUUUGAUCAACAAAAUACAGAACAGCAAUUCGAAGAUUUUGGACAGCACACACAAGAUUUAAACCAACAAAAUCUACAAGAAUUUACUAAUUUAGGUCAACAAAGCCAGAACUUUGACCAACUAAACACAGGGGACUUUAGGCAGCAAACUCAAGAUUUAAGUCAGCAAAAUCUUCAACAGUUCCACCAUUUAGGUCAGGAAACCCAAAAACUUGACCAACAAAAUACAGGACAGCAAUCCGAAGAUUUUGGCCAACAAACCCAAGAUUUAAACCAACAAAAUCUACAAGACUUUGCUAAUUUGGGUCAACAUAGCCAAAACUCUGACCAACUAACCACAGGAGACUUUGGACAGCAAAAUCAAGAUUUAAGUCAGCAUAAUCUCCACCAGUUUCACCAUUUAGGUCAGCACACCCAAAAACUUGACCAACAAAAUACAGAACAGCAAUCCGAAGAUUUUGGCCAACAAACCCAAGAUCUAGACCAACAAAAUUUACAACAAUUCUCCAAUUUAGAACAACACAGUCAAACUUCAUAUACACAUGAAGCUAGAGAGUUUGUAAGUCAUUCACACACACAGGUAGCUCAAGAACAGCAGAUUACUCCUGUCGGUGACCGUGGUUCCCAAACCAAUCCGAAACAAGACGUCGAAAUAGUACCACCAUCUGUGAUAACAACAGAAAAGCCCGGAUUUUGGAAGUCAGUGGGUAGCAAAUUUACCAGUGCUAAAGAUUCCGUUGCUUCAUGGUUUAAAGGAAGUUAAUCUGGUAUUUACCACUAUGUAUUAAUUUUAAAGUGGGAAUUAAUAGUUUAAAUUAUAUUAAAACUAGUCAUAAUGCUUAAAUUGCUAGAAGAAUUAAAUGCUAUAAAUAAUUAA